AUGAAUGAUUGUCACCAUAGGAAUCAGACUCUAGCGAGAUUUUUACAUGAAAUUUUACCGAAUUCCCAGAUAUUGUUCCAAGAUGAUUUUUUCAAGCCCGAAGUUGACAUUCCAAUUGAUCCAACAACAAAUCUCGCAAACUGGGACUGUCCUGAUGCACUGGAUCUGAAAGGAUUUGCAAACGUCUUGCGUGAGAUAAAAGAAACCGGUAUAAUUCCGGAGACGUUUGUCAAAAAAGAGGAUAAGAAUAUAAUGGGAAAGCCGGUUCAACUGCAACGUCCAUCGUUGAUAGAUGAAUUAAAGAGAAAAGUGGAAGAUUUUUUGGUGUUAAAGCAUCCGCAGCAACAAAAGCAAAAGCAGCACAAGGAAAAAUUUGAAGAUAGAAGUAGUGAAAAUAACCAAGUAGCUAUUAAUGGGAAUGGUCAUAUCGAUCUAGAACAUUGUUCUCAUGGAACAGCGCAAUUUACAAAUUGGGUAUUUGUGAUUGUUGAUGGGUUCAUGUUGUAUUGGGAUCAAGAAGUGAGGAUGAAGUUGGACGUGAAAUUUUUUGUCCGUGCAAGUUACGAAACGUUAAAACAACGACGGGAAAGUAGAAGUGGAUAUGUGACUCAUGAAGGUUAUUGGAUUGAUCCACCAGACUAUUUCGACGAUGUUGUCUGGCCAAACUACUUAAAGUUUCAUCAACAUUUGACAUCUGCUCGCCAAGAGAGAGGUAUCGAUAUUAGUGAUCUAGUGGUAUUUAAAAAUGAGUAUAAAUCACCAAUCGAUCAGAAUAUCGAACGCGCGAUAAACGCAAUCCUCGAAUAUAUAGAUAGCAAGUUGACCUCGCAAGAAUAA